AUGAAUAUCAAUCAAAGAAUUGAAAUUAUUUCCAAUCAUUUAAUGUCCCACGAAACCUCACAUAAAACAUUAUCAACUAUUUCAACCCAUGUAUUAGAUACAACUACUGGUUUACCAGCCAGAGACAUGAAAGUCUAUUUAGAAAAAGAUAUGGGUAGUAACCAAUUUGAAGUUAUAAAAAAUGUUGUUACAAACUCAGAUGGUAGAGCAAGAGAAUUUCCUGAAUUAGAAAAUGGAAAUUACAGAAUCACAUUUUUAACUGAAGAAUAUUUUGUUAAUAAUAAUGUUAGUAAUUACUUUUUCCCAAAAGCAACUAUCGAUUUUAUAGUUAAUCAACCAAGACACUAUCACGUUCCAUUAUUAUUAUCACCAUUCAGCUAUUCAACCUACAGAGGAAGCUAAAUUAUAAUUUUUAAAAGAAUAAAUAAAUAAAAUAAAAGGUGUAAUUUAAAAAAAUAAAAAAAAGUUUAAUUUUAGUACCUAUACAAGU